AAAUUCACAUUUAUUUCAAACAAAACAAAAUUUAUACCCUGCACUUUACACACUUAAAAUUAUUAUUGUUAUUAAUUGGUUGUCCUUUUUUUGUUGCUGUCUUUAAAGGUGCCACAAAAUGUCACUAAAUCCGAAUAGUGUUCGGCACACCAAAGCCAGCCAGCUGCGGGCCUUGAAGAUUAACCAAUGGGUGAGUUGGAACACUACAAGUAGGGCUGGGGAUGGGGUUCUGAUUCAUUUACGCAUAAAUCUCACACAGGCAACGAAUAAUGCGAGCUCAGCGGCGGCAGCUCCUGCUCGAUCGCAGAUGUCGUUGCCGCGUGGCACUGCAGGGGAGUCCUGUGCCCCAAGCAUUGACUCAAUGCCCAAGCCAGUAUUAGACUCCUCCACGUGCCAGAGUCAGAGCCCUGCCCACGAGCCCAAGACAGAUGCAGGCCAGCCAGCAACCAAGAGCAGCCCGGCUGAGCAGCCGUCUCGGAGUCCCGCAUGGAAGACGAACCCUGCAAAUGUGCGUGCCGUUGAGCGACAAUUCAAGAUGCUGAAAUGCAUUCAAUCGGAGUUUGUGCAAUCACUGGAGCUCCUGGAACCGCACGAGUCCCGGUUGCUGGGCAGCUACAAAUUUCUGCCGCUCGUCAUCAAUGACAGAAGCAAGUGGCUGGUCAAAAAAGACGAUUCCAUUCUGAGUUUGCCCACGGAGAGUGUGCAGGAUCUGAAGAAUCGCUGCCAGGCUGCCAUUGAAGCGGGCUUCAUGUUGCUCUACGAACAGCUGGAGGGCGUUCAGUUGGCCAAGGAUGAGUUCGCGGCGUCCCAGCAGAAGCAGAAGCUUCUGGUCGAGCUGAAAUGUUUACUGAGCCGACAAAUGGACACCAUCGUGGAGAACAUCGAUAUGGUGUGUGGCGCAACCCUCGGGCAACAGGAUGCGUUCAGGCAGCACUUGUACGGCGAGAUAUACAAGCUGCGUCAGCAAAAGGAGCUCACGGAGGCACAGAUCCUACGUAUUACCAAGAGCCACAGCGAGCAGAUGAAUCGCCUGCAGCUGGAGCACGAGGACAAGCUAAAGGCGCAGCAGCAAAGGCUGGAGGAGCAGCAGCAGGAAAAGCUAAAGGAGCCGCAGCAAAGGGUGCAGGAGGCACAACGAGACGAGUACGAGAGUCAGCUGAAAAUACUGAAUGCAUCCCUAAAGAGUAGGAACAGCACCAUCGAAUCGGUGGUGGCUGAAUCGAACAAGCAAAUGGCACUCAAUGCGCAUCUGGAGCAGCUAUUGGCGAAGGCGACUGCUGAGCUGCUGGACACACGGAAGGAUCUCGAGAAUAGCAAGGAGCUCGUCGCGUUACUGGAGCGGGAUCUGAAGGAGGAACGCGAAUAUCCAGCGACUGUCAGGGCAGCCAAACCUCAGCAGCCCAAGGACAUGCCGCUGUCUGAGUGCAACAUCAGUGUGCAGCAGAUGCUCUCCGAUCUGGAGCAUGUCAAGACGCAGCUGUACAAGUCCCAGGAGGUGGUGGGCGAGCUGAGGGGAAAGUCGAAGAGCGACCAACAGAAGAUAGCCAGCUACACCGAAGAAAUCAAAAGCUAUCGCCGGAAGGCUCGCGAACACCAAGAAGCUUAUCGCAAAAUUGUCUUGGAAGCAGCGGACAAGGAAGGGCAGUUGAAUCAGAUGCGUCUCCAGCUGGACAUGAAGGAGCAGCAGCUGGCCUAUGGCUAUGAGAAAAUGAUCAAACAUGAGCAGCUAAUCCGACGCCUGGAGCGGUCCAAAAAAGUUUCCGUAGAGGAAAGUGCACGCAUCGCCAUGGAAAGGGACAAGGAGCAGGAGGCCAAGCGCGAAGGGCAACUCAAAAAUGAAAAACUAACACAGGAGCUUCAGCAAUUUGUAGAUUUUAUUCUCUACAAGGGUAAAGCUCCAGCUGUAAUUGAAGGUCUCAUUGGUGUGUGCAGCAUCUGCAGUUGCAUACAUCAAAAGAAUCUGGAUCCAGAGACGCGCAAGGAGAUUCAGGUAAAAAUUGGAGCAUCGCAUGGCAUCUCCUUCAGCAGAUGCUGCGCGGCCAACACAGUCAACAGAAGCAGCAGCAGCACCAGCGAACAUGCUUAGCCAGCCUGUACAGAGAUUCUAGAUUCCGCAAGAGAUUAGCCAAGAGCUUUUCCCUGCAUAAUCCUCGGCAGUAUCCACAAUUUUCUGCAAACUGAAAUCAGAGUUCUCCAGACAUUAUUCGACACAUUCUUAAAUAGUCAAAAUUUCUGGUUAUAUAAUUGCUUAUUUUCCU